AUGAAAGGGCUCUCUUUCUUCACCAGAGGUAACAAGAAAAACAAGGGAGAUCAGAAAGGCAAAGAAGGAGGUGAAGAUGGUGGUUCAUCAUCUCCUUCAGGACUUUCUCCCGGAGGAAGUAACAGUGGUGCUACCAGUAACACCAACAACAAUGGAUCAUUGUCCUCCCGAUCCGGUUCUACUUUCAGUGGAGCGAGUACUUCCAGCAGCAAUAACGAUAGUACUUUGUACUCUAACAACAAUUCAUCAUCAUCAUCCAAUACCUCCACGAAUCCAUCAUCAUCGGUUGGAACAUCCUCGCCAAUCAGUACCAACAACAACAAUAACGACUCCACCAUUUUGGACAACAUCCCGGCGGUUGCUGUAAAGACUCUUAUCGCUAACACACUCCAGGCAAUUCAUGAAGUUUGUGAGCUUCAUGGAGAAUAUUUGACAAUUUCCAUCGAUGAUGAACAAUUCAAACAAAAGCUUUCUAGUCUACCCAAAUCAGAGAUUAGAAAACAUAUUGAUUUGUUGAUUGGAAAACGGGAUGUUUGGAGUAGUGAGUCUGAAGAAGUAUUUGCGUUUAGAUAUAACAUCAGAAAGGCUCACCAGAUGAGUGAGAACAAGUCCAUAGAGAGAGGCGAUUUAUUGCCUCCCGUAUAUCUCACCUCUGAUACUAGCUUUGAUCCGAAUAUCAAAUUCUAUUGUAAGGUGAAUUUAGUUGGAGACAACUUUCAAAGAAUGGUUGACUGCGAGCCAUUUAUGUCUGCGGAUGACUUUGCAGACUUUUUCAUCAACAAGAUUAACAAGUCACAUUUGUUGAAUAGAAAGAAAGAGGAUUGGAUCUUCAAAGCUACAGGUACAUCAGAAUACAUUUACGGUAAUCAAAGAAUGAUUGAUUUCGAAGUCAUUCGCAGAUGUCUCAAACGUGGUAUAACUCGAGUGCAAUUGAACCUCAUGGACAAAGAGACGGUACUUAGAGAGUUAGAUCCUUAUGAUAUGAAUCUCAAGACUACAGACUAUGAUUUUGAAUAUAAACGCACUCAUAGAUACUCAGUGCAAGACCAUGCUCGAUUUCGAAAAUUCCAAAAGGAUAUUCACAACAGAAAACACAUGUAUUUACACUACUCAAAGUUUUGUGGCGAGGAGAACCCUUACAAGUCAUCAAUGCAUGACCAUGAUGAUGAUCCUAAUGCUGUUACAGGUACCAGUGGGAGCAAUGCAUCUGGCAGUUCCGUAGAUGAAGAUGUAGAUAUCUCAUGGAUUCGAAAAGUUGAUGAACAAUCAAAUAGCUCUACAAAUAGCACUUCAACAAGCUCUCUUACCCAUGACAGCCUCACUCUCAACAACAACAACAACAGUACUGAGUCACUUAUCAAGCAACAAAAGGCAAUUACUUUAUGGGAUCUCCAUCGUCCUUUCCGUAUCAAAAUUAUGGGUAUUGACAAUAUUCUGAAUGCAGAUAAUAUUAUGAAAUAUGGAGCAUCUGGGUUGGAACGUGAAGCAAUUGAAGGAGAUCGUUUGAUUUAUGUAACUGCUCAAAUUUUUUUGGGAGGAAUGCCAUUGUCAAAUUGUAGAGCAACAAGAUGUGUAUUAUUCUCUGGUAAUAAGUCAACUUGCCCUCGUUUCAAUCAAUACAUUACCUUCCCAGAAUUGUUCAUAUCCGAAUUGCCACGUGAGGCAAAGAUUUGUCUGAGUGUGUAUAGUAAGCCAUACUCUCAGAAUGAUCCUCAUUUGAUUAUUCCCACAAAUCGUUCGCCAACCAUUCAAGAUUUGGUUAAGAUUUGCAAUUAUUGUACUAUACGAAAGGGAGCUGUUUCUGAGAAUGCCGUUAAUAACAUUAAUAACAGUAGUAGUGCCACUAUCAGCUCAUCAAGUGGUGGAUCUUCAGCCAUUACAAUUGUAAACAACUCGCCACAAUCAACAUCUGUACCACCAGGAUCUAAUAUUCAAGUACUAGGAACAUCCCCCUCCGUUUCAAACCCCAAUGAUACCAAUGGAAUUGCUGUUGAUGAUGAAGAAGUGAUGGAUCAUGAGCAUUUAACGUCAGUGGAGGGCAAAAAAUCAAAGGGUGACAAGAACGCAAUGAAUGCCCUUGCAAUUGGUGGUUUGAAUUUCCAAUUAUUCAAUUUUUGUGGAACUUUGAAACAAGGAGCAUACGCUUUGAAAUUAUACACAAACAAAGAGGCUAGACCAAUCAUGACAAGUGGCGAGUGUAAAUUGAGCAGUAUUGGCAUCUCGUUCUCUUUGGAUGAAUACUUGUUACCAGUAGUCUACCCUGACGAUGAAGAUUCAUUCUCUUCUUGCGUACAAACAGACCAAACAAAUACAUCUUUCAACAAUACUCUGCAAGAAUUGAAGGAAAGAAAAGAGAACUUGUCUCGUUCUUUGAGCAGUGCAACUCCAGGAGCCUUUGAUAAUAAUGGAAGCUUAUCAGCAAGAAAUAAGUCACUAACACAAUCACCACUUUCAAUGUCAUCAUCACUUUCGGGUUCUGCUUCAACUACCUCUUCAUUCUCUUACACUUCUCAACCUCAAACUACCAAGCCAAUAGCACCCAAUAAGCUCAAAGUUAAACACCUCCCAGAACAUUUAACAAGACGUUUCGAAGAAUAUGUUGCCAAAAAGAAUUCUGAAAUUUUACUUUCUCCAGAAAUUAUUGAAAAGACAAUUGAGAAAAUUUUGCACUAUGACCCUCUCAAAACUCUCAACACAGAAGAGCGUUGGUUAUGCUUUACCAAUAGAGACAAGUUGUACAAGAAUCCAAAAGCCUUAUCCAAAUUCUUACUCUCUGUACCCUGGAAAUAUCCAGAAGCUAGAUUAAUUGCAAAGGAAUAUUUAGCUAAGUGGUCUGUAAUGGAGCCAAUCGAUGCUUUGGAGUUGUUAGAUCAUAACUUUGGAGCCAGCUUCAUCCGAGAAUAUUCCAUUUCGAGAUUGAACCAACUGUCUGACCAACAAUUGUGCAACUUUUUACUUCAAUUGGUUCAAGUUUUGAAAUUCGAAAGUUAUCAUGACUCUGCCUUGGCUAGAUUUUUGCUGCAACGUGGUUUACGUUCUCCAAAUAUUAUUGGACACAUUUUGUUUUGGCACUUGAAAGCAGAAAUGUAUGUUCCUUCUAUUUGUGAACGACAUGGCUUGAUAUUAGAAGAGUACUUGAGAAAUUGCGGUUCCCAUCGUGUUGCUCUUUUGCAACAGUCUGGAGUACUCAAUCAACUCAAUAUCAUUGCAGAAGGUGUAAAGCAGAUAAAAGACAAGGAAGAGUGCAAAGAGUAUGUGAGAACUUGUUUAGGAGAGUUGAAACAUCCACCCAAAUUUAAACUUCCACUCUCUCCUCGUAUGGAGGUAAAAGGCAUCGAAAUAGACCGAUGUCGAGUGAUGAGUUCAAAGAAAAAACCACUGUGGUUAGUAUUCCAGAAUGCAGACCAAACUGGAGAACCAAUUCAAGUCAUGUUCAAGGCUGGAGACGACUUGAGACAAGAUUUAUUGACCUUACAAAUUCUCUCUAUCAUGGAUCAAUUAUGGAAGAAAAAGUCUUUGGAUCUACACAUGAAUCCUUACGGUUGUAUUUGCACUGGAGAUCAACAAGGUUUUAUUGAACUUGUCAUUGAUAGUGACACAGUGGCAAAUAUUACUGCUGGUGACAACGCAGGUAUUGGUGCAGCUUUGAACGCUUUCUCUUCAGGACCUCUGGAAGAAUGGCUCAUAAAGAAUAAUGGUGGAGAUAAGAGCUCAAAAGAAUAUGAAAAAGCAGUUCAAAAUUUCACAUAUUCAUGUGCUGGCUAUUGUGCUGCUACUUAUGUAUUAGGAAUUGGCGAUCGUCACAAUGACAACAUCAUGUUAACUCGAAAAGGAGACCUCUUCCACAUUGAUUUUGGUCACUUUUUAGGAAAUUACAAAAAGUUCAAAGGAGUCUACAAGAGAGAAACUACUCCAUUCGUUUUCUCAGCCAUGUAUGCAAAAGUUAUGAAAUCAUAUGACCAAGGAUUUAACACUUCUUAUUUCUCUCAAUUCGAAGAAUUAGGAGCAAAGGCAUAUAACAUUCUGAGAGAGAACGGACAUAUGUUAAUGAACUUGUUCCUCCUCAUGCUUGCAACUGGUAUCCCAGAGCUUCAAUCAGUGUCAGAUAUCAAGUUUUUGAGAAAACGAUUGAUUUUGGACGAGACUGAUGAAGUCGCAGAAAAGCACUUCAGAGAAAAAAUUGAUGAAGCGUUGGGCAAUACUCGAUCAAAGCUCAUGGACUUUGUGCACAUUGCCAAACACAAGUAA